AUGCUUAUCGGUACUGAUACUGCAGCAUUGGGGCAGUACGGCGCUCGGGCAGACCGUGAAGCUGGAGGCCAUUUAGAUGAUGAAGACGAUUACGAUUCCGAGGAAGAGGAAGAGGAAGAGGAAGGUAGAAAACCACAGACUGGAUCCAAGAGGAAAGCACCCCCUCCUAAACGGGGUCGCGGACGGCCAAAGAAAGCCCAGGCAGGGACACGGACACCUCAGACGUACCAGCUGAAGGCAAGGUGUCGUGAACACGAGGGCCCGAUUGAUUCUGAGGCGGGUGCUGGCACUAUAAAAUUCAAAGAUAAGAACCUCGCUGCGUUUGUGGGAACACUUUCCAGCAUUGGAAGCGGGGUCUCUUUUACUGCACGGAAGUUUACUGAUGAUCCACGUCCACGCCAGAGUGAAUGGGCUGAUUACUCGGCGGAACAAUACGAGAGGGAACGAGUGAGCAGAUGGCACUAG